AUGAUCCUGGGCGGCGGGCCCGGCAGCGAGCUGCGCCCGCUGACUGACACGCGCGCGGAGCCAGCCAUGCCGUUUGCGGGGCUGUUCCGGCUGAUAGACGUCCCCCUCAGCAACUGCAUCAACAGCGGCCUCAACCACAUCUACGUGCUGACUCAGUACAACGUCACCAGCCUCAACCGCCACCUGUCGCGCGCGUACUCAUUUGUCAACGGCAACCUGUUCACCCCGAGCCACGACGGCUUUGUGGACUGCCUCAACGCCACGCAGCGGCCCGGGCACGUCAAGCUGGACGCGUGGUACCAGGGCACGGCCGACGCGGUGCGCCACUACCUGGAGUACCUGGCGGGGCCACGACACGCGGCAGCGGAGGACGUGCUGAUCCUGGCGGGAGACCAGCUGUACCGCAUGGACUUUGCUGACCUCAUCAAUUACCACCGCUCCCGUGAUGCUGACAUCACCAUUGCAACCACCCCCGCUGACGAGGACCACGCGCUGCACCUCGGGAUCCUCGGGGUGGAUGAGGACAUGAAUGUGCAGCACUUUGAGGAGAAGCCCCCAGAGGCCACCCUGCACACCAUGUCCAUGGACACGUCAACCUGCUUCGGCCUGUGCGCCAGUGAUGCUGAAGAGAAGCCCUACGUGGCAUCCAUGGGCAUCUACGUGUUCAAGAAGAGGGUCCUGCUGGAGCUGCUGUCCCGCCAGUUUCCGGCCGCCGUCGACUUCAGCCGCGACAUCCUGCCUGCAGUGGUGGGGGAGCGCUCCAUCGCGGCCUACCCCCACGCCGGUUACUUUGAGGACACCCUGAAGCUGCGGCUGUUUGAGGGGGACCUGCCGAUGUACACAGAGCCGCGCACCCUGCCGCCCACCAAGAUCACCGACUCAACCAUUCAGGACACGCUGCUGGGUGAUGGGUCCCGCGUGGUCGGCUCCACCCUGAGGGGCUGCGUCAUCGGAUCAUGCACCUUCAUAGACCGCGGCUGCGACAUCCAGGACACCAUCGUGUUUAGUGCGGAUGAGGUACAGCCCGAAAGAGACCGCCGCGCCAAGCUGGCUGCCGGCGCCGUCCCCCUCGGCAUCGGCGCCGGCAGCCAGGUGCGGCGCGCCAUCCUCGACAGGAACGUCAGGGUGGGGCGCCGCGCCCGCCUUCUCAACGCCGCGGGCGUGCGCGAGGGUGGGGGGCGGUCAGCGCUGCCGCGCGGGGUGGUCAUCCGGGAGGGCAUCAUCUGCGUCGCGAAGAACGCCGUCCUGCCCGACGACACGGCGGUGUGA